AUGGCUAUGGACAAAUUGAAGGACGGAAAUGUUGGCUCUUUUAAUGACAUCAUUAAGGAGUUCCUUGCACUCACAUUCGCGAAGCUGAAUUUGGCCGAUUCUGACGAUGAUAUGAUUAAAAUUCACUCGUAUGAGGUGUUCCAUAGAGGCCUCAAUGCCUCUAUGUCGAAUGCUAACCCGUCGUUGGCCAAGUUCUUUGAAAGAUUACAUGACAAACUGCUGUAUGUCGACCACCAAGUCUAGGUUUAAUAAUGCCAAUAAGACAUGUCAAUACAAGAAAACCUUCAAUGAAGAAGACGACAUGUCGCUGGAGGUUACAUUAUCAAAGUGGGAGCUCCUAGCUGAUGGGGGAGCCAAUUCGAGAUUAAUAUUAUAUAUUCUGUUGGGUGUUCCAGCUCGCGGUACAUGUUUUUUUGCAUUUCCGGAUCCGACUUGAAAAAAUAAAAUGUCGGUCUGUCCGACUUACCGUGAGCUUUUUAUCAAAGUUUGCUUAUUUUUCAAAACUACACUUUCAUCAAAAAAUGAACAUGACUUUCGUAAUCAGCAUCCUCGAAAACCCCUAAAAUGAGUAUUUGUAGAAAAAAUCAAAAAUUUUACGUUUGUAUUUGAAUAACCCUGUAAAUUAUAAAUGAAAAGAUCAGAGAAAAUGAACUUGAUUUUCGGAAUCAGUGACAUCGAAAACCCUUAAAUCACGUACUGCGUUUGCAGAAAAAAUUAAAGAAUUACACUUUAUUUACCCUGAAAGACAAUGUAAAAAUCACAUAAAAUACACAUUCCUUACAAAGAUACAAGGGUGUUCAGAAUAUUUGCAAGAAGUUCGGAAAUCUGGUAUUUUCACAUUCUGGAUUCAGCCCAUUAUGGACCGUCGGCGUCUUAUUAUAAGACUUGAGAAGGUGAUCUGGUUACUCUCGGAUAUCUGAAAUGAAGUGAAAACUCGCAGCUUCCCCAUCGCCACUCGAUGACCCAAUUGUUAAAACAGACGGCUGAACCCAUUUCGUGAUUGUCGAUAUCAAAUGAAAUGUUUUUUCUUUUCAUUUUCUUUCUUCUUACCAGUAAUGUUGAAGCUGUAACUAACUCUCUACUCGAUAUCCCUUCUACGACUUGUCAUUUGGCUAAAAAAUCCCGAUUAGGUCAUCAUUUGGAUUGUGACGGUCCGCUGAAGGCAUCGAAAGGUGCUCAAGUAAUCUUUUUAUCAGAGUUUUAACGGUUGUGAGGGCUCUAAUCUGAUUACGCAAUUCGGUCACCGCUUUUUCAGAAGUCGCCGAUACAUCUGAAGGAGGAAUCUGGAGUCUUUGGAGUGUUUCCUGAAGAACUUGCCCCCGGACAGAGCUUUGGGAUUUUCUUGAAGAACAACGAUGAUCUCUUCAAACAUGUCUCAUAUACGGCCACAGUAAGACAAACACAAUUAUUAGAAAUAGUGUUAUAGCUGACGGCUUCGGAUGGGGAAAAGAAUGAAUCCAUUCACAUAAAAGUUGUGUUCGACGAUCAGCCAUUGGAGAUGUUGGAGUUUGACAGUCUCGAAUAUGUUAUCCAUGUCUCCAAUCCGAUCACUGAAGGGAUUUUGAAGAAGUUUAAGGUAGUUAAUUCUGAGGCCACACAACCCACUAUGUUCCAAUACAACCUGGAGGGUACUUUCAGUGAAUUGUAAGUCUGAAUCAAAUUUUGUGCGUUAUACUGCACAGUUAAUUAAUCAAUUCAUCAGUUUUUCGAUAGAGCCCGCUGAUCCUGAUUUGAUUUUGUUGCGUGCAAAGGGUUGUUCCUCUCUCUGUCCAUCGCUCCCCGCCCAUUUUCCGCUGAUAUUAACCAUCUCGGAUGGGAAUCGGUUGCCCACCAAUGUCCUCCUCAACAUUGUUAUGUUAUGGGAUACUACCACAGUAUUUGAUACUUUGAAGGUCGGGGUGAAGGAGAGGUCAAAACACUUUGAUCGACUGGUCCGAGCUCAUUUCGACGAUCAGGACAUGUUUAAUUAUAACUUUACAAACAAUUCUGAGGUGUUUGAAAUCGAUAAAAAGUACGGAAUCUUGAGUAUAAAGGUAAAGAAAAGCCUUCGGAUGCUUCUAACAGUACUUUAGAAUCAUUCUCGGCUGACAAUCGACAAUUUGGGCAGAGACUUUAAUAUCUCAAUACUUCUUACAAAAGAUUCGAAGAAGCGGGGAGAGCAGAACCUCCAGAUUUCAUUAAUCCCCGAGAAUCCAGCACAACUUCAGAAGGUAAUUUUUUGCUUUUUGAAACGGUUAUACCUAUUUAGGAUGAAUAUUCCUUCAAAGUAGUCCCAAAUACCCAUUUUAUCCACAAGUUUGCUCCGAAAUACGACGGUUACAAAUUGAAUUAUUCGAUGAUGGGGGAUAUUUCCGGCUUCAAGUUGGAUCAAAAUACCGGAGAAUUUGAAUAUAUCGGCGAUUUGUUUAAAUUCGAGAGGGUCUACAAUGUCCAGGUAUCCCAUUCAAUCCUAAUUAUUUUGUUUUUAGAUAAUCUCGUCAUACGAAGAUUACAUCUACAUCUCCAAGGUAUCGAUUAUUGUAAUUGGUUUGGGCUCUGAGCCUCCGAAAUUCAAAGAAAAGAUAUCCAAUUUAUUACUGGACUCUGAAAACUUGAAACAAAACGAAAUCUUCACUUUCGAGGCCAUCGAUGAGGACUCGGACUCCAAUUUGUUUUACAAUCUAACCUCCGUUAAUUGUUACAAUAAUCCUGGAUGCAAGGAGAUGAUUUCUCUAACAGAAGACGGCCGAUUGACUCUAAAAAAGGUCGAGGGCAUGCAUUUAAAUUUGGUUCAAUUAGAAGUGGAGGUCAGGGAUUUACAAUACCCCAUGGAGCCGAGUGAUAAAAGUGAGUCACCCUCAUGGUCAGUCACUUAAAAUUUUGAAUUCAGCGAUUUUAUUUAUUGCAUUUUUGAACAAGACCCCCAAAGCUGUGAUUGAUGGUACUAAAGCCAGUCAUCUUACCGAAUCCACUAAAUAUUUUUACAUUCCGGAUAUUUCAAAUCAGAAAGUUCUUGGAAAAGUGGAAAUAUCAGAAGCUGAGGAUGUAACAAUUUUUUCUGAAAAAAAUAUUUUUACAGUUAGCAAAGAAGUAAGUCAUCAUUGUUAUAAUUAAAAUCGAACUGUUUAGGGAGAAAUCUAUUGGAAUAAUGACAAAUUUGAAUAUUCAAAUGAGACCAGCAUUCCUGCCAUAGUAACAGCAACUGAUGGAAAUAAUGUCAGGCAAAUCCCAGUAUGUCAAAUUCAGAUAUGGAAACAUGUCUAAGUAUUCUAGAUAGUCGUAAGAAGCUCACAAAACGAUGUAAAUCUUCGAUCCAACGCACCAGCACAAGUCCGGAUAUACGAAGAUAUAGACGUCGGCAGUUACAUAGGGCAAUUGGACUUGAAAUCGACACCUGAUGAGGUCACUCUUUCCUAUUCCCCACCAUCUGCCGUUUUAUCAAAUGCCUUGAGAAUUAAUCAGCAAGGUGUAAUUAAGACUUCGGAUGUUUUAAAUGGCCUCUCUGGGGUCUAUAGUAUGAUUGGGAUAGCUCGAUUUGGCAACCAGACUGAACGAUUUUCCAUUCUCCUCGAGAUUCUGUCCGUUUCUAAUUGUAAUCCAAGUUUUUCGGAUAAGAAUCCGAUUAUUUUGUACGAAGUAAGUGGAUUUACAACGAUUUCACACACUUAGGGCGAAAAAACAAUCGUUUUGGUCGAUUCCACUGAUCAGUGUAAUUUAACAUUCUCCGUCGAUGAUCCCUCAAUUUCCAUUGGCGAAAAAACGGGCGAACUCUCAAUCGAAGAAGUAAAACAAGACAAGAUUGUAAGUUUUAUUUUUUCUAGAUGAUCCCAUCUAGAUCACAAUAACAGCAGAAGAUGGUGGUCAUAAAAUACAAUACGAAAUCGAAGUGCGGAAAGGGGAAAAGAGUCGGAAACGAAUGAAAUGCAUGGAGAAUGACGUCACUUUACAAUUGAAAGGAAAUAUAGAACCGAAUAUAAUACUGGGAAGAGUGAACGUGGAAGGAAAAAACAAAGAUACCAGGUACCGGAUACUCAAAUCAUACGGCGUAUUCGAAAUCGACGAGAAAGGAGAGCUCUCUGUCAAGAAUUACACCGGACAAAAAGAAGAAUAUCAUCUGAAAGUGGACGUCUUCGAUGACAAAGAAAAUGGAAACAGAGUCCAGUGUCAGAUUACUGUAAAGUUUGUGGCCUCGUGAGUUUUCCAUUCACAUUUUAAUAUCAAUGCUUCAGCAUCAAACAAUCGUUGGCAUUUUCCCGACCGAAGUACGAAGUUGUCCUUAACGACUUCAAACUAGGGACCAAAGUAAUACAAUUAAAUGUAAAAGACGAGAUACACAACAAAGGUAGGCAUGUUGAUUAUAAAGUAAAAUGUACAAUUUCAGAUGUGUUUUACGGCAUCAAAAAGACCUACUAUCAGAACAAAGAGACCAUAGAUGAUAUAUUUGAAGUAAAUCCCUUGUCUGGAGACAUCAGAUUGGUUAAAAACUUGUACAAUAUCACCCAGAGCUACUUCCAGUUGAAUGUAAUGGCUCAAAAACAAGACGAAAUCAUCGAGACGUCUGUUGUCGUCUGGCUUGCGACCAUUGAUGACAUCGAAAAUAUUGUCAUCAAGGUACCCCCGACCCAAAUAAACGAGCAAAAAAUGUCCAAGGUUAUAAAGUAAGGAUAAUAAGAGCGUUUAAAGAUAUUUGUUUAGAGAGCUGAGCGAAAUGACAGAAAGCAAGGCCAUUCUGGCAGGCAUCAAUUACUAUGUUGUGAAUGGGGUCCCACUCAACAACGGCACUAUUCUCAGAAUCUUGUUCGUCAGAGGCAACAAAAUUGUAGACCCCAUCACUUUGAGGCCGUUAAUCGAAUUACAGUAUACGAUCCAUAGGGUAACAUACACCAAUAUACAAAUAUAUUUUAGGAUAACAUGGAAACAGAUUUUAAAUUUGAAAGAGCCCUACUGAUUUCAAAUCGGCCUUUGGAAUUCAUGGCUAUUGGGUUUGUAAGUGUCCUACUCGUUGGAUUCUCGAUUAUUGCGUGUUUCCGAUGCCAUUAUCAACAUAAGUAAGCCACCAGAAUCAAUAAAAACAAUCAAACAGAUUCAAAGUGGAGUUGAAAAGAUUCCGAAAAUUGUCCGAAGCUGUGAAUCGGGUAGAUACUUUGGAGAACCCGAAUAAUCUGGGUAGAUCAAGAGCCAACACCCUCUCGACCGCAACUGAUAUCAUGGAAAAGACCAGCGUUAAAAGUGACAAAUCAGAAGUCCAACAAGUCUCGAUGCAACUUUAG